AUGGCUUUGAUAACUGUCUCCCGCUUCCCUCCCUGCCCGCAUCCUCCUCAUCAAAGCACUGCUCCCCGCCUUUCUCCGCUUCCCCUUAUCUCUGCGCCUGCUUCUCCUUUAGGGACUUCCGGCCCACAGCUCUGUGAGCGUUUGCGCUGCAGAGAGCGCUCACGAGGGGGCGGGGAAUGGGGACUGCUGAUGGGGCUGGCGGAGGCUAUAGAGGAUGUGUUUGGUGUUGAAGAUGGCGGGGCGGUGGUACGGUGGAUAUAUCGCCAACCCCACAGGAGUGGGGGGGGGGGGCUGAAGGGGGGUGAAGGAGGGGUUGCUGCUGGGGCGGGCGGAGGUCAUAGCUAUGAUGCACCUGUUCCUCCUACUCCAUCCCCGCACCUGCUUCUCCCACGCCAUCUUCUGCCCCACGGACUCCCCCAUACCCACGGCACGGGCGCACUGCUCACCCAAGAAGAGGUUGCUGCCAUGGCAGAGCUGCACGGGAGGCUGCAGGCGAAGCUGGGUGAGGCCCGGCUGCUGGGUUCCCCGUGGCGGUUUUUGAGGAUGGCCGGGCAGAGGGAGGAGGAGGUGCGUCCGAAGGUAGAGCAGCGGGAGAAGGCGGUAGGUGUGAGCCCUGCAGCACCCGUGCCCGCCUUCUACUCCUUCUUGGGGCCGCGCCUGGGCGACGCAAGCGCCGCGGGCAGCGCAGGUAGACUGGCGGCGGGUGCAGUGGAGCAGCAGGGUGAAGCCCGUUGCCUCAGCCUCUCCUCCGCACGCCUCGCACUAGCAGCAUUAGCUCCUCUUUUGCGCGCCUCCCCUACACUACUGCCCCUGGGAGACGACUCGAGGGCAGCAUGGGCAGGAGAAUGGGAGGGAGGGGAGAGGGAAGAGGGGGGGGAGAGGGAAGAGGGGGGGGAGAAGGUGGGGGAGAAGGGGCGGGAGGGAGCAUGA